AUGGAUGUAGUAGAAUCGUCAGUGGCAGCCCAAGCGGCUGAAUUACCAGAAAUUAAAUUAUUCGGAAGAUGGAGUUGCGACGAUGUUCAAGUUUCAGAUAUGUCGCUACAGGAUUACAUCGCGGUUAAAGAAAAAAAUGCUAAAUACUUACCACAUUCAGCUGGACGAUAUGCUGCCAAAAGAUUUCGUAAAGCCCAAUGUCCGAUAGUUGAACGACUUACGAAUUCUUUAAUGAUGCACGGCCGAAACAACGGGAAAAAAUUAAUGGCUGUUCGUAUUGUUAAACAUGCUUUUGAAAUUAUUCAUUUGCUAACUGGAGAAAACCCACUACAAAUUUUAGUAUCGGCAAUCAUUAACUCUGGACCGAGAGAAGAUUCAACUAGAAUAGGAAGGGCCGGAACAGUAAGAAGACAAGCUGUUGAUGUUUCACCCUUGAGAAGAGUAAAUCAAGCUAUUUGGCUCCUUUGCACUGGUGCUAGAGAUGCUGCAUUUAGAAAUAUUAAAACUAUCGCAGAAUGUGUUGCUGAUGAGUUAAUCAAUGCUGCUAGGGGUUCAUCCAACUCAUAUGCUAUCAAGAAGAAGGAUGAAUUGGAACGUGUAGCUAAAUCUAACCGUUAA